GGGAAGAGGUGGAUGGAAUAUCAAGGAAGCAAUAACUGGGAGUGUUUGCUAGACCCUCUUGAUCAUACCCUUCGCUCUGAAAUCCUUCGCUACGGUCAGUUUGUGGAGGCUGCCUAUCGCUCUUUUGACUUUGAUCCCAUGUCUCCAACCUAUGCCACAUGUCGUUUUCCAAGAAAUUCACUCUUGACCCGAUCCGGGUUUGAGCAGACCGGAUACCGGGUAACCAAAAAUCUACGGGCCACGUGUGGAGUACAAAUGCCGCGUUGGAUUGGAGGAGUGCCAAGUUGGAUGUCUACUCAGUCGAGCUGGAUUGGCUACGUGGCAAUUUGUCAAGAUAAAGAGGAGAUCGCAAGAUUGGGACGUCGUGACGUUGUGAUUGCUUUCCGGGGCACCAUCACGUGCCUGGAAUGGGUUGAAAAUCUACGAGCCACCUUGACUGAGGUGCCGGAUUAUGUGGGACCCAAAAGUGGUGGGCCGAUGGUAGAAAGAGGCUUUUUAAGCCUUUACACUUCGAGAACUGCCACUUCCUCUAGCUUGCAAGACAUGAUUAGGAGGGAGAUUUCAAAAAUCAUCGAAUUGUACGGUGAUGAGCCACUUAGCUUAACUAUAACAGGUCAUAGCCUUGGAGCAGCACUCGCCAUUCUGAGCGCGUAUGAUAUAACCGCCACCUUUGCGAAAGCACCAAUGGUCACAGUGGUAUCGUUCGGUGGGCCCCGUGUGGGAAAUAGGAGCUUGGGAUGCCAGCUGGACAAAAGUGGAACCCGGAUACUCCGAAUUGUGAAUUCGGACGAUCCAAUUCCCAAAGUACCUGGCUUUGUAUUUGAAGACGGUGAUGAUGUGGAAAGCACAAAGAAUGUCCACGUGGCAAACUUGCCAAGAUGGAUUCUUAAGUGUGUGGAAGACAGGCAAUGGGUAUAUGCUGACAUGGGACAGGAGCUGAGACUUAGCAGCAAGGAGUCACCGUAUCUCAACAAAAGCAACCUCGCCACAUGUCAUGAUCUGAAGACAUACCUCCACUUGGUGAACGGCUUUGUUAGUUCCAAGUGUCCUUUUAAUGAGAUGAUGGCAUGA